AUGCCGACAGCCGACGGAAUUGAUUGUAACAUUGAAAAUGCCACUCUUGAAGCGGAUAUUGAAAACACUAAGCUCUGUACUCAGACAUGGUUUAUUCAACGUCAAAAUGAACUUAAAUCUACGGCUGGUCCUUCACAACCAUCUAAUCAAAGACCAGGAAUCAAUGAGUUAGCAUUGUAUGAUGGUCCUCAAAAGGAAUCUCAAGGACGAGAUAAAGAACGUGUUGAUUCGGACGUUCCCUCAAAUCUGGUGCUUCAACGAGAUUGGGCGAUCUCCCGGGCUAAGCGAGCCGAGGCUCAACUUAGCCGUUUACGUAGUGCCUGCCUUACAAUGCGUGUCCAGAUCGAGGCUGGAUUACGCUACAAAUCAGAAGCUGAUCUGGUUAAGCGAGAGUUGGAACUAAUUAGAGUAAGUCUUUUGGUCUGA